AUGAGCGUGGGGUUCAUCGGAGCGGGUCAAUUGGCCCAUGCCUUGGUGAAAGGAUUCAGUGCUGCAGGUAACCAGCUGAGCAUUGCUUUGAGUAGCUGGCAGAUCCGACCCGUUUGCUUAGAGCUGCACUAGGGUCGUUCAGCAUUACUGUGUAUAUUAAGACGCCGCAGAGCUGGAGCGAGAUAUCGGCCGGAAAACAUACCUCAAUGCAGAAACGCAUUUUUACUCCGAAUUGGCUCAUUAUCCCAACACUUACACUGAGAAGAUUGAAGGACUGCUAAAAAACUAGCAGUCGUUCAAUGUUCUCUGUGUAACCGUUGGGAUAACAGGACAAUUCGGAGUACAGCGCAUUUCUCAUCCCUGGAUUGAGGUAUGUUUCAGAGCCAUAUCUCCGCAGUGUCUUAAUAUACACAGGAAUGCUGUCCGACCCUAGUGCAGCUGUAAGCAAGCGGGUAGGAUCUGCAGGCUAUGCUUUGAGGAGCAUGAGCCAUUCUAUAUUGCCAUAUGAAGUUUGAACCUCCCUAUUAAUGUAUUGUAUAUUUACGUGCUUUAAAUGUAUUCUGUGUUAACUCCUUCAGUACCCUGCUGAAAGAAACAGCAUAGACCAGCAUAAAUGUUUAGCUGGUCUGAUGCUGGUCAAGCUGGUCUGACCAGCAUGGUAUAGCUAGUUUUGCUGGUUGAUCAGCAUGGUCUGGCUGGCUAAGCUGAUCGGACCAGCAUAGUCUAGCUGGUUAUGCUGGUUUACCAGCAUGGUCUAAAUGUUUUUGCUGGUGACCAGCCUUCGCUGUGUUUCAUGCUGGUCCAGCAUGGUCUUGGUCAAGCUGAUCUGACCACACCAAUCCAAGGAUAUUCUAGUUUUUAUUUCUAUUCAUUUUUAUUUCUUUUGAAAUUCUGAUUAGUUUGUUUGUUUUCAGGCCUGAUUUGCUCGUUUUUAUUUAGUUUUAGUUGUACACAAAUAUUUAUAUUUAGUUUUUAUAUUAUACCAGUGUCCAGAACAGAGAAGGCUGGUCACCAGCAAAAGCACAGAGAAGGCUGGUCACCAGCAAAAGCACAGAGAAGGCUGGUCACCAGCAAAAGCACAGAGAAGGCUGGUCACCAGCAAAAGCACAGAGAAGGCUGGUCACCAGCAAAAGCACAGAGAAGGCUGGUCACCAGCAACAACCCAACAAAGGCUGGUCACCAGCAACAACCCAACAAAGGCUGGUCACCAGCAACAACCCAACAUAGGCUGGUCACCAGCAACAACCCAACAAAGGCUGGUCACCAGCAAAACUAGCACUAGUCACCAGCCUAUGCUGGUCUAUGCUGGUUUUUUUAAGCAGGGUAUUCUGCUUGAUUUUCCACUCUCCCAUCCCUGCAGGUGUCAUUGCCACCCAGAGGAUCACUGCCAGCUCCCCAGACACAGAUCUUCCCACAGUGUCAGGACUGCGGGUGAGUAGAAUGGAUCAGUCAUUGGGGUGCGCUGGAUGUUUGUGGGAAUAAGCUUCCUCAGUUACAGCAUAUCUAUAACCAUCUCCCAUCGGCUACACUCAAAUGAAAUCCCACACACACGAGACAGACGGGGGGGGGGGGGGGGAGAGAUCAAUUUGUUAAUUUUGGCUGUGCUCGUCUACGCAGAAAAUGGGUGUCAAUCUCACAACCAGCAACAAGGAGGUGGUGAACAAGAGUGACGUCCUGUUCCUGGCUGUCAAACCACACAUCAUCCCCUUCGUGUUGGAUGAGAUUGGACCGGACAUCGAGGACCGCCACCUCAUCGUGUCCUGUGCAGCGGGCGUCACCAUCAGCUCCAUUGAGAAGGUCAGUUUGAAGUCCAAUGAAAGUCGACUUUAGCUAGAGCUUUCUCUCUCUACUGAUUUACAGAUCUUUAGAAAAACGUUUUGCAAUAGAAAACGUAAGAGUGACAAAAAUACAAAAUCAGGAUAGAUUCAUACUGUGAAAUCCAAUUAAAGUUGACUUUAGCUAGUGCUUUCUCUCUCGCUUUCUCUCUUUCCUCAGUACUGAACUACGGAUCUGGGUCGUGUUCAUUAGCACACAGAACAGAAUGUUUUGCAGUAUGUUUAUUUCUUAUUGGACAAGUACAAUCUUAUGAUUGGUGCCUAUUGAACAAGCCCCUGAUAUGAUUGGAUAGGUGAAAGCAUUCUGGUGGAAUCCUGCUUUGAAAUCAGUUGUUCCAUCCUGUCAGAUCAAUGAAGCUACAGCCCUCUGAUAUAGCCUAACCCGAUACUUCCAGUUCUGGUCACAGACUGACUGACUUCCCCUCUCCCUGGGAGAAUCUAAAUAGCAUUUUCUUGAUUCCUCUCCUCCUCAACCCAUUGGAUGAGGUCAGAAGUCCCUCUCCUCUCCCUGGGAGAAUCUCAAUUGAAGGAGGCGAGAGGACGCAAGAAAUCAAUGAAAUGCAUUGAGAUUCUCUCCCUGCCCCCUCAGUCACUACCGUGCUCUGGUCUCACAUAGCCCUAGGGCAUAGCAACUUAAGGCUGCUACAACAUGAAUCACCAUUCCAUUCUGUUCCCGCUGAAAAUACCUCAGCCCUCUGUUGUGAUACUGGGAUAGGUGCCACACACUGCAAUCUGAUGAACAGUCAUGCUCUCUCACAAGAGACUGACAAAUAGAGAAUCAGGAUAGAUUCAUACUGUGCUAUUUGAGAUAACCAGACCACAAAACGGCAAAAUCAAGCUUUUUGUCAUGAAAGAAUGGUCUUGGGUCGAAACAUUGCGCAAUAAAACUUGGGAAGCAUUCAACUGUUUGUGUGGGUAUCUUAUCUUUCUAUAUUGUCUUUUAAUUUUGUACCCUGCACCUGCAAGUUACUGGAUGUCCCUAAUACACUACUUCUAAACUAAAACCUACCUUCAAUACCGUAGUUCCGUAGCUCAGUUGUAUUUGUCGAUAACUUAACCCUUGUCUUAGUGACAUUUACAUUACAUUACAUUUCAGUCCAUUAGCAGACACUCUUAUCCAGAGCAGCUUCCAGUCAGUGUGCAUUUAACAGGUGAUAGGUAAAAACAACUAUGAGCUGUAAUUCUACAGUAGCAAGUUGACUUUGAAAAGAUCAAAGAAGAGACUAGACUUCUGGUGGAAGGAAAGGUUUUUUUAAUGCAGAGCUUUGGGUUACAAGUGGUCAUGUGAAAAAGCCUAGGCCAAUAGCAAGGUGGCUAAAAAUGCAUGGCACAAAAGACACAAAGGCAAAUGAUUAUUCUGAGUGUCGACAUUAUAUAGUCAUUUUGAAUGAUGUGUACAUGCAUCGUUACAGACGUUGGUUGAUAUGAACCUGAUACAACUUUAAAUUGAACAAUGGUAACAGUGAGAUAUCUGCUACUUUGGGUACAUAGAGUGAAAUUCAGCAGUUUGAGACCGUUCAAGGUUGGAUUGUCACAAGCUGAGGCCUCUUGAGAGUUCUGUAUCCUGUGUGAUCUGGGGCACAGAGAAUGAUGGAAAACACUUCUACCUUUAGAACAUUUUUGUUGUGGGAGUAAUUAGGCAGGUAAUUCAUGAUAUGAUUGUAAGCAAAGAUGUGUGAGGAUAUAUCUGGAUCAUCACACCACCACAUAUCACAGUCAUUGUAAGUAAAAAAAACAUAUUCAAAAAGGAGGUUUCACUGCAAAGACCGUUUUUCAUGUUUCUAUCAAGUAAUACCUCUGAAAUCUGUCUUCUCCCCUUGACCAUUGCAGAAGCUGCUCCAGUACCGCCCGUUCCCCAAGGUGAUGCGAUGUAUGACCAACACCCCGGUGGUGGUUCGGGAGGGAGCCACGGUCUACGCCACGGGUACCCAUGCCAAGCUGGAGGACGGGAGGCUGCUGGAGCAGCUGAUGGCCAGCGUGGGCUACUGCACGGAGGUGGAGGAGGACCUCAUCGAUGCCGUCACCGGACUCAGUGGCAGUGGACCCGCCUAUGUGAGUGGUUAUGUUGUAGUUUGUAUUUUACAUUGACUAUCACAAAAGCUCUGAUGAAGGCCAAGAGGCCGACAUGUAAGCUUGAAUAAACUGUGAUACAGUACGAGCAGGAGUAGUGUGCAGGUUUCUCUUUUAUUUUAAGAUACCACAUUAUCCCCACGCACCUGCAACAAGAUAACUCUGAUGUGCUUUUUUGAAUUGUGCUUUGCAUGUCUGCCACUGUUACUGAGGUGGUUCAGUAAACCCCGCUUGUGGGAUGACUGACCUCUCCUGACACCAGAAGACUAGCUCCCCGAGCUAAUGCCUAGGCUAGCCCAGUGGGCUAGAACCAUACCUUUGGGUUGUAAAACUCUUUUAGCUAAUUAUUUUCUUGAUCGACCAUGGAAAUAAUGGGUUAUAAGAACUGGACCUUGCCUAGCCGCUAGGAGAAGGCCUACUAUGCCUGCUUAAACAACUGGCUGGCUAGUGAUUUCUGUUAACUCUUUUCUCUAUUGUAUAAUCCCCAGAGCCCAUUUGAACUAUGUGUUUAUACAUGUGAUGAGUGUGCAUAUGAUCAGUGCGUGUUUGUCUUUGUUUGUCUACCUAUAGGCAUUUACAGCUGUGGAAGCGCUUGCUGACGGUGGGGUGAAAAUGGGUCUGCCCAGGAGACUGGCUAUACGGCUUGGAGCACAGGCCCUGCUGGUGAGAACAUCAUCUACAUGCAUUAUUUAUGAACAUCUAGCCCUGGAAUUAGUCUUGGUACCAAUCUCUGUAACAUUACACUCAUUGUACUCUGUGUCAUAUGCCAAAGAGACUGGUCUUUCUUCAAAUAUGAACAUUCUAUCAUUAAUGAGCUUGAGGAGAUCAGAGGAUUUUAUCCUGAUUCGAUAACUCCCACAGCUAUCGUUGGCAAAUGACACAGAGUACAAUGAGGGGAAUGUAAACGCUGAACAGAGACUAGCAACCAGGCAAGCCCUGAAUCUGUCAGAAAUGUCUUUUGAGGACUGCUUGUGACUGUUGUUUUUAUUAUACAACAGAUUUUGAUCCGGAAACAUUUUUAAAGAAAUCUAUUGUAUCUGAGAAAAAACAUGGAGAAUUCUUCUCUUGAGUUUGACAAUAUAACCAUGAGCCAUGCAAACGUUUGCUUGACUGUAGAGUGUACCGAAUUGAAGCAACCUGGGUAUACCUAGCGACCUCGUCAAUGGGUUCAGAUCUCUAGGUGUUACGGUUAAGAUGUAUUACUGUCGCUCACAGGGACCCGGGUUCCAGUUCCCGGUUGAGGCUACCCCCAAAUUCACCACAGUAGGUUUAUGUCUCUAUUUUGUCUUUCCCAUAGGGAGCAGCCAAAAUGCUGUUGGACUCGGAGCAGCACCCUGGCCAGCUGAAGGACAACGUUUGCUCCCCAGGGGGCGCCACCAUUCACGCCCUGCAUGUCAUGGAGAGUGGGGGCUUCCGCGCCCUGCUCAUCAACGCUGUAGAGGCCUCCUGCAUCAGGACCAGGUAGGCUGGGUGCCGCUUUACAGAGGGACAUUUUCCCAGACCCAGAUCAAGCCUAAUCCUGGACUAAAAAGUACUUCCAAUGGAAAAUCUCCAUAGAAAAUGCUUUUUAGUCAAGGACUAGGCUCAAUCUGUGUCCUGGAAAUCAAACCGGAAUGUGCAGCUAGAAAUCCCCUAUUGUGAACAAUAAAGAAGUAUGUCAAAGGUAUGUGUUACAUUUCUCCUGCAACAUUCAAUAUGUUGGAUCUUUGUGGAUAAGCCCUGGCCGGUGGUAUGGUGAGGACAGUAGGUCUUUAACAAAAUGUGGCUUUUCGAUAUAACCACAUAAUACUGAUGUAGCACUGAUGUCAGUUAGGCUAUGGGCCGGUUUCCCGAACCCAGAUUCAGCCAGCCUACCAGCGCUUUCAUUGGAGAUUCUCCAUUGAGUGUGCUUUUAGUCCAGGACUGGUCUAAAUCUGGGUUCAGGAAACCAGACCUAUAUGUCUUGUGUAAAAGUAAUGCCUGUGCCAUAGUCCUCUGUUGUAUGGCUGGAUGCUAUUGUUUAGACAGCAGAGGGUGCUAGAUGCAUAUGUCUGAACUUUUGUAACUAACGGAUAGUAGACACACACCAUAAGCAAAGUCCCAUCUCUUUUAAAUAAUGUGGCUCAAACGGGAGUGUCUGUGUGUGAAUAUUUUACUUGAGGUCUCUGGAUAACAGCCUCUGUUAAAAUACUUGUUUCUUUCAAUCAGGGAACUCCAGUUCUUGGCUGACCAGGAGAAGAUCUCCCCUGCGGCCAUCAAGAAGACUACACUGGACAAGGUUCUGCAGCAGCCAGGGGUGGGAACAGGGGUGGGCGUCCGGACGGGAUCUGGGAUCAGC